AUGAACUUACAUAUGCCCCAUUGUCGAACGCAUCAAAGAAGCACAAAUCAUCAAAAAAUGGAACGACAAAACCAAUCAUCAUCACUAACAUGCGAAAACCUUCCUUCAUUCCUUUCUUCAUUCGUCGACACAUUCGUAGACUUUUCAGUCAGUGGCCUUUUCUUGCCCCAACGGCAACAGAUUCCUCAACAACCUCUUCAAACUCAUUACCCUUCCCCAAACCGUCUCGUUGCCAUUGGGGAUCUCCAUGGAGAUCUCGAGAAAUCCAAGCAAGCUUUCCGUCUCGCCGGCCUCAUUGAUGGGUCUGAUCGUUGGUGCGGUGGGUCUACCACCGUUGUUCAGAUUGGUGACGUGCUUGACCGUGGUGGGGAAGAGCUCAAAAUCCUUUAUUUCUUGGAAAAGUUGAAGCGUGAAGCUGUUAAAAGUGGUGGGCAGUUGAUAACUUUGAAUGGUAAUCAUGAGAUAAUGAACAUUGAAGGUGAUUUCAGGUAUGUAACUAAAAAGGCUUUAGAAGAAUUUGAUGUUUGGGCUUAUUGGUACGAUAUAGGGAACAAAAUGAAGAGCUUAUGUCAUGGUUUGGAAAUCCCUAAGAACCCUUUUCAUGGGAUUCCUCCAUCUUUUCAUAGAGUCCCUGAAGAGUUCUCUCAUAGUAUUAGAGCCAGAAUUGCUGCAUUGAGACCUGAUGGUCCAAUCUCCCGUAGGUUCUUAGCUAAUAAUUUGACUGUUUUAGUUGUUGGAGACUCAGUUUUCGUGCACGGUGGCCUUUUAGAGAAACAUGUAGACUAUGGUUUGCAAAGGAUCAAUGAUGAGGUGAGGGAUUGGAUUAAUGGAUCGAUGGGGCAGCGAGCACCGGAGUAUUGUAGAGGGAGGAAUGCUGUUGUUUGGUUGAGGAAGUUUUCGGAUGAGUUUGCCAAGAACUGUGAUUGUUCGCUUCUAGAACAUGUUCUUGCUACGAUUCCUGGUGCAAAAAGGAUGAUAAUGGGUCAUACGAUUCAAGAGAUCGGCAUUAACGGUGCUUGUGAUAAUAGGGCAAUAAGGAUUGAUGUAGGAAUGUCGAAAGGUUGCAUCAAUGGAUUGCCUGAAGUUUUGGAGAUUGAUAGGAACUCAGGGUUAAGGGUGUUGACUUCAAAUCCAAUGUAUCAGAAGAAGAAUCAAUAUGCUCAAACUAAAGAAGGACUCGGAUUGUUAAUACCUGAGCACGGGCCAAAACAAGUCGAAGUGAAAGCUUAGCAGUAUCUAAGCUACUGAAAGCUGUUGCCUCAUUAACUACUUCACAUAUAUGAAGAUUCCUUUAGAAACUAUGGCUGUUGACAAAUUUCUUUGGCUUUAUGUUGCUGUUAGUGUUUAAAACAUUCUCAGAAGUGUUUCUCUUGCAGCCAGACAUAGCAUGUACCUUGUAUUGGAAAUUGCUAAAUGAAAAUUUCUCCCAUAUGCUAA